AUGAACAAUCCUCAAUCAAGAUCACAAGCCAAUCGACCAUCAAAGCAAGGCCAUCAAAAGCUCCCACCUCUCCCCCAAAAUGCGAAAGUCACCAAGCGUCCCCUCCACCACCCUCCCAUAGUCUCACCCUACACCUCCGCCUCCCCGAGCACACCGAAAAUAAUCUACAUUGCCCCUCAAACGCCCUUCCUGUCGGCGGCGAAACGCUGCGAGAAACUCCUCCGGCUGAGCGAAAAGCGCGCGGUCCAAUCCGCCUCUUCGACAUCAGCCUCUUCUGGCUCGCGACGCAGCAGACCGGGUCAAUCGCAACAUGCGAAACGGAAACGUGACGAUGAUGACGGCGGAGGAUGCGGAGACAAUAUCGAUGCGCUCGCGGAGACAGUCGAGGAGAAUAAGGUAAAGAGGAGGCGCUUAGGGCAGCCUGCGGGAGAGGAGGUGGUUUUGAUGGGGAGUGGAAGGGCGAUCGAGAAGACAUUAGAACUUGGCGUGUGGUUUUUGAGGAGAGGGGAGGAAUUUAUGGUGAGGAUGGAGACGGGGACGACGAGGUCGAUUGAUGAUGUACGAGUGGAGAAGGUGGAGGCUACAGAAGACGACGGUGGUGGUGGUGGAGGGGGAGAGGACGGCGGAGGGGGAGAUGGUAUGGAUAUAGAUGUUGAGACCAGCGUUAGGACGGCUGCGGGAGGAAGUGAUACUGGUCAGUCGACGACGGUGAGCGAGGAGUUCUCGAGGAUACGGCAGCUGAGCGUACUGCGAGUGUUCGUAAGUUUACGGUGA